AUGAAAACAAAUAAUGAAAAUGAAGAAGAUGAAAAAGAUAUACGUCUUCUUAAAGAAAUGGGUUAUACACAAGAACUUUAUCGUGGCUUUUCUCCAUUUAUGUCAUUUACAUUUUGUUUCGCAGCUAUUAAUGUUUUAACAUCAAUUUCAUUGGGUUUUAAUUAUACAUUAAAUACUGGAGGAUCAAGUGUAGCAAUUUGGUCUUGGAUAAUUGGAUCUUUUUUUACUGUACUUGUCGGUUGUUCUUUAGCUGAAAUUUGUUCAGUUUAUCCAAGUGCUGGAUCAGUUUAUCACUGGGCUGGUCAACUUGUUCCAGCUCAUAAUGCUCCAUUAGCAUCAUUUAUUUGUGGAUGGUUCAAUUUUAUCGGAAAUGCUUCUGGAGACGUAGUAUAUUCGUCUGGUUUUGCUUCUAUCAUAAGUGCUAUAAUUGUUCUCAAUGGUAAACCUCCAUUAAGUAUUUCUGUUCAAGUAAUCAUAAGUAUUGGAACUGUAUUAACAUGGUGUGUUAUAAAUGCACUUCGUAUUGAUCAACAAGGAUGGUUAAAUACAUUAGCUACGUUUUCUCAAAUAUUUGGCAUAUUGAUUUUUGUUAGUGUCUUAUUUAUUAUGAUUCCUCAGCAUGCAACUGUUCAUGAUGUUUUCUUGUCUACAUAUAAUAGUACCGGUUUUCCAUUUAUUUAUGUAUGUUGUAUUAGUAUACUUUCAACUCUAUUCUCAUUUUCUGGUUAUGAAGCUGGUGCUCAUUUAGCAGAAGAAACAAAACAUGCUAGCCGAGCAGUUCCAAGAUCAUUGGUUGGUACAUGUUUAUGUGGUGCUAUUGUUGGAUUUAUUUAUUUACUUGCACUUCUUUUUGCUAUACCCAAUGUUGAUAAAUUUCUUAAAGAUAAUAAGGAAAAUGAUGAUUCAAUGAGUUUAAUUAUCGCUACAUAUCGAGGAGUGAUACCAAAUCGUAUAGCAACGAUGUUGACGACUCUUCUCGUUCUUAAUCUUUAUUUUGGUGGUAUAUCAUCUAUUACAGUUACUAGUCGAAUUUUUUUUUCCAUGGCUCGUGAUGGUGCAUUUCCAUAUUCACAUUAUUUACGUUGGAUAUAUGAAGGAACACAAAUUCCGAUGGGUACACUUAUAUUCAUAUGUGUUAUUCAUUCUACACUUCUUUCAUUUCAAUUAAUAUCAACAACAGCUGUUACUGCUUUUCUAUCAAUAUCAACAUUUUGUUUGCAAAUAUCUUAUUUAAUACCAAUUCUAUUUCGUUGUACAAUAUCACGAAAAAUAUUUCCAUUAGGAGAAUAUAAUUUUGGUCAAUUUGGUGUACCUAUUGCAAUUAUUUCUUCUAUAUGGUUAAUAAUUACAUCGUUUUUUAUGAUUCUUCCAAAUCAAUAUCCUAUAACAUCCGAUAAUAUGAAUUAUUCUAUUUUUAUUACUAGUGGAGUUCUAUUCAUAGCUGGAAUAUAUUGGUUUGUUUCAGCUCGUCAUUGGUUUAUUGGUCCUAAACGAACGGAUUCAGAUACAAUUCCAUUACUACCAGGACAUGUAACAAACGAAAAUAUUCCAAUGCAAGGAAUUUCAUCUGAAAAAAACAAAUCUACUUCAUAUGAAUAA